CCGAGACAUGGAGAAGCUUGUGUUAAUUCUCCUCCUCUAUUUUCUGGUGUGUUUGGGCACAGCUCAGCAACAUUUACGCGCACGUGCCGGACCGUGGAGACACCGGAUUCAGUGGGAGAACAACGGUCAGAUGUACAGUCUGCUGAGCACCGGGACUCAGUACCGCUCCCCGGCACAGACCAGAAGACGCACUGAGCUUUUACUAACAACUAAGAACAGUUUCAACAGAGUGAACCCUCCUUUAGCGCCCAUGCGACCCACCAGAGCCAGAGCCGGACCCCCAGGGGCCGCAGUCUGGGUUCACUCACUCCAAAACGACCUCGGUCCAGGGGAUGCAUCAGUUCUUGGUGCUGAUGCGGGUCAGUAUUUACUCGCCUCGGGACGACCAGGGACACCCGGCCGGUCUCCACUGAGAAUGACCUCUGCCGGAGGGGCUGUGGCUCUGGGAUACAGUUCACACCAGAGUCCGUCAAAUAGCACCACUGCCUCCAUCCAGGAGUUCUCCGGCAGCGGGGUCCCACGAGGUGGUCGGAGCACAACACGAGAUGAAGCUGGUGCACAACAGGUCCCUGCAUCGCCGAUUAGAUCCCCGGACUUUACGCGCAGCCGAGGUGGCCAGAUUAGACCUGAGAGCUCUGAUUCUAGUGUCCGGUCACCUGUCACAUCUGGAUCGGUCUCCAUGCCUGAGGAUAGCGGGAAUGCGCGUCGCAUCCUUCAACAAACUAGUGUGGGUGAUGUGCCCACUGCGCCCAGAGCGCGCUUACAGACCAGACUCACACCGGAGUCAAACGUAGUUCCCACUGCGCCGUCCGGCAACUCUAUAGAAAUACACUUUCGUCCAAUGCCGGAUGAAGCACGGACUACAGACAUGAGUGACCCAAGAGAUCCACACAGCAUUCAUCACAGGAACUCGGUUUUCUACAACGUUUACCCACCAGACCGCAGGAACAGAGGCACUGCGCGCCCUCCGCCAGGAGCCGGCUAUGGCACCAGGUUCUUCCACAAUGGUCUUCCAGACUUGGUUCCUGAUCCUUAUUACAUCCAGGCUGCCUCUUACAUCCAGAGAGUGCAGAUGUAUGCACUCCGCUGUGCUGCUGAAGAGAACUGUCUGUCCAGGUCUGCGUAUCAUCCGAGUGUGAGCGACCUCGACUACAGAGUCCUGCUGAGGUUCCCACAGCGCGUGAAGAACCAAGGAACAGCAGACUUCCUCCCAGUGAAGCCCAGACAUGAGUGGGAGUGGCACAGCUGCCACCAACAUUACCACAGCAUGGAGGCCUUCAGUAACUAUGACCUGCUGGACGUCUCCACCGGACAGAAGGUGGCCGAGGGACACAAGGCCAGCUUCUGUCUAGAGGACACAUCAUGUGACCGGGGAAUACGACGACGCUUUGCCUGCACCGCUCACACACAGGGGCUCGGUCCUGGUUGCUAUGAUACGUAUCACGCAAACAUCGACUGCCAGUGGAUCGACAUCACUGAUGUACCGCCAGGAAACUACAUACUCAAGGUGACAGUGAAUCCCUCUCAGCUCGUCCAGGAGUCGGACUUCUCCAACAACGAGGUUCUCUGUGACAUCAGGUACACAGGAGGCUAUGUCCAGGCGAGAAACUGCAGGAUUACAGUGAGCUGACGAGACUGAAGACGACUUUACCACAGAAAUAUGUUCCUCUCUGUGUACAGUUGCUUCUCUGUUGUGCAGCUGUUUAGGAAUAUUUACUGUUAUUAUAAUUCUCUUUGUAUUUAUGACAUAAUAUGUUGGAGCUAGAGCCAAGCUGGAUUGAUGCUAUCUUUUUUGUUGGAUUAACUAUUUUCAACUGGUAUUUAGUCAAUGCAGGACUUAGGGAAAAGCACAAUUCCCAAACUUAAAACAAACACAGUCUUAAAUUAUUACAUUUUUACCAUGUGACUGAAUUGGGAAACUGUGAUGCUCUUUAUUUGAGAAAAGGUCCUCUGUUAAAUGACUGUAUAAGUGCUGUUACAAUACAGAAAAAACAAAUACUCUAACAUAUUUUAUUGUGUAGAUUUAUUGUGUAGAUUUUUCUAGCAGUGUCUCUGAAAAUGAAUGGUUUGUAACGGGUUAUGAAUG